AGUCGAUAGUUUACGCAUUGAGUCGGACUGGAGUAGUCGUCAGUCAGUGACUGGCAGUCUGUGUAUCAACUCGAUCGUAAUAACCACUUGAUUUUAACUCUAAAAAGUAAUGGGGCUAUUAACGGAGGGUAGUCCACUAAGUUGGGAAGAGACGAAGAAACUCUCGGAUCAUGUGAGAAAACACGGAGUUAUACAAUUCAUUAAUUUGUACAAAAGACUCAGAGACAGACAAGGAGAUGUACUUAAAUGGGGCGAUGAGGUUGAAUAUAUACUGGUAAAGUUCGACGAUGAGAAGAAAACAGCCAAGGUCAGUCUAAGAGCUCCAGAGAUUCUCACUCCACUCAAUGAAAAGGAACAUAAAGACCCCACUGGGGUCAAGUCACUCUGGAGGCCGGAAUAUGGGGCUUACAUGAUCGAGGGAACUCCAGGAAAACCGUACGGCGGUUUGUUGGCGCAUUUUAAUGUUGUCGAGGCGAAUAUGCGGUAUCGGAGACAAGAAGUCAUGAAUGAGCUGAAGCCGGGGGAAGCUGUCAUGUCAUUAACGAGUUUUCCCAGACUUGGCUGUCCGGAUUUCACUGAUCCACCGUCGCAGCCAACUCCCAGCUCUGGAGCCUCCAGGAGUCUCUUUUUUCCAGACGAGGCUAUUUUUCCAGGUCAUCCCAGAUUCAAAACGUUGACGAGGAAUAUUCGGCAACGUCGGGGGGAAAAAGUCGCUAUCAAUCUCCCAAUUUUCAGGGAUGAAAAUGUACCAGAGCCCUUCAGAGAGGAUUUGAAGGCAUUGGGGGAUGAUGGGAGCAGCCAGAGUGCAGCAAAAGACAAUCAUGUGUACAUGGACGCAAUGGGCUUCGGCAUGGGUUGUUGCUGUUUGCAGCUGACAUUCCAGGCCUGUAAUAUCGAAGAGGCACGAACACUGUACGAUCAGUUGGCACCACUCUGUCCCAUUAUGUUGGCACUCACCGCAGCCAGCCCUAUCCACCGUGGCUACCUGACAGACGUUGAUUGCCGAUGGAAUGUCAUUUCCUGUUCCGUUGAUUGUAGAACACAGGAGGAGCGUGGACUCGAGCCACUGAAGGAGAACAAAUUUCGAAUCAACAAAUCACGUUAUGAUUCCAUUGAUUCGUAUCUCAGUAAUCAAGGGGGCAAGUACAACGAUGUACCUCUCACUUAUGACGACGAUAUUUACAAACAAUUGAUGGAAAAUGGAAUUGAUCGACUCCUGGCACAGCACGUGGCGCAUCUCUUCAUCAGAGACUCGGUCUCACUUUUUUCGGAGAAGGUUCAUCAGAAUGAUGAAGAGGACACUGACCACUUUGAAAAUAUCCAGUCGACGAAUUGGCAGACCAUGAGGUUCAAGCCACCACCUCCCAACUCGUCAAUUGGCUGGCGAGUUGAAUUUCGUCCCUGCGAAGUUCAAAUAACUGACUUUGAGAAUGCGGCUAUUGUCUGUUUCAUUGUGCUACUCUCCAGGGUCAUACUCAGUUACAAUUUGAAUCUAUUAAUUCCAAUUAGCAAAGUCGACGAGAAUAUGGCAAAAGCGCAGAAACGGGAUGCCGUUAGAACUGAAAAAUUUUGGUUCAGAAAAGAUAUUACAUCGGAAGCUAAAGACGAUCAAAAGGUGGAAGAUGAGUACACUGAGUUCACUGUGAAUGAAAUUAUCAACGGAAAAGAGGGAGUUUUUGUGGGUCUUAUUGCCCUGGUUAAUUCAUACCUAGCCAGCAUGAAUGUCGACGCUGAUACACAUUGUACAGUCCAACGAUACCUCAAGCUCAUACAGAGACGAGCCUCUGGGGAACUCCUCACGACUGCUGCCUGGCUGCGACGACAAGUCGAAUCCCAUCCGGAGUACAUGAAAGAUGCGGUUGUUACUCCCCGCAUCAACUACGACCUAUUGAAAAGAGUGUACGAGAUCCAAACGAAUGAGAAACCGUGCCCCGAGUUAUUGGGGCCAUGCACAACGUCGAGGACAACCGAGAAAAUUCCCGCUGCUAUCGCUAAAGCCGAGAAAUGUUGACCGAGGGUUAAUCCAGUUAUUGAAUUGUUGUUUAAUAGAUUCAACUGAUAAAAUGAUUUUUUUUUUGCGAUUGCAUUUAUUUGGAUAAUUGUUCCCAUAUGUAACGCAUUGUAAUCGUCGAUAUAAAACAUUUUUAUGUGCAAAUAA